AUGUCUUCGACGACUACGCAGACCACGACGGUCGACAAUGAGGCCAAAAUUCUGAGACCCGUCACAGCCACCUACAACGACUGGCGCGACGACCUCCUCCGCGACGGCUACGCCGUCAUCAAGGCCGCCAUCCCGUCCUCCCGCGCCGACGCCUACCGCGCCCGCGCCCACGCCUGGCUGACUUCCUUCGGCACGCCGCUCGACCUCGCCGACCCCUCCACCUGGACCGCGGCCAACCUGCCCGUGCAGUCCAAGAUCAACACCUUCAACGCGUACGGCGUCCCGCACGAGGCCUUCAUGUGGGACGUGCGGCUCGAGCCGGGCGUCGUCGGCGCGUUCGAGAAGCUGUGGGGCACGGAUGAAUUGCUCGUCAGCUUCGACGCGCUCAACGUCACGCUGCCGCCGCACCUGCGCCGCGACGAGAAGCCGGCCAAGGGCGCGUGGCCGCACGUCGAUCAGAGCCCGUUCAGGCGCGGACUGUGCUGCGUGCAGGGGGUCGUGAAUUUGAGUCCGUCGGGCCCGGAUGAUGGCGGGUUGGUUGUUUUCCCCGGGAGUCAUGCGCUUAUGGAGGAGUUUUUCGAUACGCAGACGGAGAGGGGGAGGUGGGAGAAGAGGGAUAUUUUUAUGUUUGAGGAGAGCCAGCUCGAGUGGUUUAAGGCGAGGGGCAUUGAGCCGAAGAAGGUGGAGGCGGAACCGGGCGAUUUGUUGGUUUGGGAUAGCCGGACGGUGCAUUGGGGUGCGGAGCCGAAUGAGAGGAGUGAGAGGAUUAGGACGGUUGUUUAUGCGAGUUACGCCCCCGCGGCGUGGGCGACCGAGCAGCAGUUGGCGGAGAAGGCGAAGAUUUUCGGGAAGUGGGCGGGCACGACGCAUUGGCCGCAUGAUAAUAUCGUGUUUAGGGAGGGGAUCGCAAGGUUGGAGGAUGGGAGUGAGGAUCCGAGGAACAGGAGCGAGCCGAGGGAGAAGCCGGUGUUGAGUGAUCGGUUGUUGAAGUUGGCGGGGGCGAGGAGGUAUGAUGGGAGUGAGGUUGUGCCGGCGGUUUGA